AUGAGGGCGCGGCCGCAGGUCUGCCAGGCGCUGCUCUUCGCCCUGGCGCUCCAGACCAGUGUGUGCUAUGGCAUCAAGUGGCUGGCGCUCUCCAAGACCCCGGCGGCCCUGGCCCUGAACCAGACGCAGCACUGCAAGCAGCUGGAGGGCCUGGUGUCCGCGCAGGUGCAGCUGUGCCGCAGCAACCUGGAGCUCAUGCACACCAUCGUGCACGCCGCCCGCGAGGUCAUGAAGGCCUGCCGCCGGGCCUUCGCGGACAUGCGCUGGAACUGCUCCUCCAUCGAGCUCGCCCCCAACUACCUGCUUGACCUGGAGAGAGGGACCCGGGAGUCAGCCUUCGUGUAUGCGCUGUCGGCGGCCGCCAUCAGCCACGCCAUCGCCCGGGCCUGCACCUCCGGCGACCUGCCCGGCUGCUCCUGCGGCCCCGUCCCAGGUGAGCCACCCGGGCCCGGGAACCGCUGGGGAGGAUGUGCGGACAACCUCAGCUACGGGCUCCUCAUGGGGGCCAAGUUUUCCGAUGCUCCUAUGAAGGUGAAAAAAACAGGAUCCCAAGCCAAUAAACUGAUGCGUCUACACAACAGUGAAGUGGGGAGACAGGCUCUGCGUGCCUCUCUGGAAAUGAAGUGUAAGUGCCACGGGGUGUCUGGCUCCUGCUCCAUCCGCACCUGCUGGAAGGGGCUGCAGGAGCUUCGGGAUGUGGCCGCCGACCUCAAGACCCGCUACCUGUCGGCCACCAAGGUGGUGCACCGACCCAUGGGCACCCGCAAGCACCUUGUGCCCAAGGACCUGGACAUCCGGCCUGUGAAGGACUCGGAGCUCGUCUAUCUGCAGAGCUCCCCCGACUUCUGCAUGAAGAACGAGAAGGUGGGCUCCCAUGGGACGCAGGACAGGCAGUGCAACAAGACGUCGCAUGGCAGUGACAGCUGUGACCUCAUGUGCUGUGGACGCGGCUACAACCCCUACACGGACCGUGUGGUCGAGCGGUGCCACUGCAAGUAUCACUGGUGCUGCUAUGUCACCUGCCGCAGGUGUGAGCGCACGGUGGAGCGCUACGUCUGCAAGUGA